CGAAGGCAUUCUCACGUCAUCGCUUUCAAUCAUCACACACACCCAUUUCACACGGGACACAAACAACACGAGCAACAACUGUGCGGAGAUGAGCGGUGCGGUGAGAUGGAAGCGAGGUGCCAGCUUGGUGGCUGCUGUGCUGGUGCUGGUGUGCAUGGCUGGUGUGGUGCAGCUGAUGAGCAGACAGCACCCUCUGAGUGACGCUGAUGGUGUUGAUGGUGACCUCGGCCAAGGUGUACCCCCGGUGGCGGUAAGUCUCCAGCGACGAUCAAAGCUGAACAGCAUGCAGCAAAUGGCGAGCAACACCAACGGCAUGCUCUCUGUCGAGCCGUCAGCCGAGCCAUCCACAACCACGACGACAACGUCGACGGCGCCCACGCCACUGCUCUCCUCGCAAACCUUCUUCCAAGCAAGCUCCAUCAACGAGCUGCUCAUUGGAGAAGCAUGGGAUAGCGACAACAUCUACUCUGCCUACCGGCGCUUCAAGGUGGGAAAGGUGCAGCCGCAUGAUAAGCAGCACCUCAAGAUGGUCACGGACACAAUCGCCCAGCGUGCACAGGCCACGCUUCCCGCAGCAGUAAGCAGCAUGCCGUUCAAGCUGGGGCUCAUGUGGACGUCGCAGCUGUACGGGAUCGAGUACCGCGCGCUGUAUGCCACACAGGACGUGCAGCCUGAUCAGCCAUCAGGGUACAUCGCGCACGUUUCCCGCCACUUUGACGAGCCCAUGGACGUGUCGGAGCUGCAGAUCCUGCAGCCGGCAACAGCGCCUUUUGAGCGCGUCGCAGUCACCACCCUCACGCCUUCACGCAUGUACCGCAACAAGAAGCAGCUGAUGAUGCAGGAGUCGACGGGCGAGUGGCGCAUCUACGGCUACGGGAUGGUUUGUGUGCACGCGUCCGACUACGACGCAACUGGCGGGUUCUCCAUGGACAUUGAAGGGUGGGGACUUGAGGAUGAGGAUCUCUUCAAGAAGCUGCUCACGCGCCCAGAGUUCCUGGUGUACCGCUCUGUUGAUCGCAGCACGCUCCAUCAAUGGCACGAAAAGGUGUGCGACCACACGAAGCUGUCGGCGGAGCAGCUGCUGCGCUGUUACAAGUCGACCGUGCAAUACGAUGGGACCAAGUUUGACGUUGCCCGCAUGUACGGCUUCUUCAACGCCAUUGGUGUGGACGAGAGCGUUCUUGAUGCAAAGUAAUAAAGUGCAUUGAGCAAUAUCGGACCUGAAACGCCUGUGGUUUUCGCACAACCACGCUUGCACUUUUACAGCUCACGUAAUUCAUUCAUUCAUAUGACUUGACGCUUUGUACUCGCAUGUUGUUGGACGAUGUCCCCUCUUUCAGUUAUCACUUAUUCCUUCACAUGUAAUGUAAUGAAUGAUAAACACGCCUUUCCCCC